AUGCACGGCAAGCGGGUGGCGCCGGUGGACUAUUCCUCCUACGUGCCACGGCCGCCGGCAACGGCGGAGCACAAGGUGCGGAACCGCACGGAGCCGUACAUAAUAUGGCAAUCCACGGAGAGCUCCCCUCUCUACUCGUCCUUCUCGCGCAACGGGUACGACGCCCAUGCGCAGCUGCGGUGGGUGCGUGGAAAGAAUGAGUUUGACAAGCAGCUGAACUCCGCGCGACACCACCUCAGCGUGCUGCGGCGCAUUGAGCGGCUGCAGCAGGCCAGGGAGUACUAUGGGCGGCACGUGCGGACAGGGUUUCUGCGCAGCCCCUCCAUGGACUUUAGCACCCUCGCCACCACCUUAACCGAGAAGGACGAGGAGGACCACACCAGCUUUGCCUCCACCCAAGUGCUGUGGAGCGGCAGGGAGGCAACUCCCAUCAGCGCCAGUUCUACACCGACGUUGGCGCGGCGCAUUAUUGCUGGUGCCGCCGCUGGGUUCCGGCGCCCGGAGUCAUCCUCCUCGGCGCGGUCCGCCCCGCAUAACGUCUGCCGCGCCACACCCUAUCCAUCGCCGUUGUCACUGCCACCUCCAGUCCGGGUGCAUCGCACGUGCCUGGUAGUUCGAGGUCAGGCAGCGAACCCCGCGGUGGAGCAGCUGAUGCAGGCCUCCUCGGACUUCACGCUUCCGCAUCCACCGAAGCGGAGUUCAACUGUAGUCGCUACGCGAAGCCGUCGAUGCGACGAGAGUCUGAUGCGGCUGAUACGUGGGGGUGUUGCUGUUUACUAG